AUGCGGCUGCCCUGGGCAUUUCUACAACGCCGACGCCGGACCUUGGGAAUGUCCGGGAAAAGCAGUGUCUCCCUGGGAAGCUUGGAUGGAUACAUAGAGCAGCUGGAGGCACUCACCGUGCACCAGGUAUGGUCGGGUCAGUCGAUCGGCCAGGCGAACUACUACCGCCAAAACAAGGACAAGUUUGGAAACAAGGCGGACUUCACCACAUCCCACCUUAUCAUGAGCUGGUACGCCAAGCAAGGUCGAUGUGGAGACGCCCCUGGGCGUAACGCUUUGGUGUUCUUAGCGGGAGCCAACAAAGGCCAGUCCACCGGCAACGUCCUUUCUGCGUGCCCCAGAGCUCGAAUGCACAUCUUCGAGAUUGUGCCAAAGCUUUUUGAGCAGCAGCAAAAGCGCUUCAAAGAUUCGCCUUGGGUCACUGUGCACAGGAGGGGGUGGUCGGAUAAGGUGCAGACUUUUCACAUUACAGCACCUGCAGAAGGUGUCGAGUUGGCGGGACUGUACGAGGCCACAGGCCGCUGGCGGAACGCCCCGCAGCUCGAGGAGACAGUGGAAACGGUCACCUUGGCCGGCUUGCUCCUGGAACUGGGAAUCCAAAGCCAGGUGAAUUAUGUCCUCAUCGAUGUGGAGGGCAAAGAGCCCAACGUGAUUCGAGGCAUGGGGUUGGAGACAAACAGACAGAUGUUUCCGCUCUUCCAGUAUGAGCUGGGUGGCACGUGGUCCGAUAGUCGGCACGACGCGGGCCAGUGGGGGCAAUAUGGCGUUGCGAUGUACUUGAAGGCUCUGGGGUAUGCUCUGUACUUGAUGGGCGGCGAUGGGGGUCAAGAUCCGAAGAAGCUCAUCUUGCUGCAUGUGGAGCCGGAGUUCUUCCGCUGGGUCUGUUGGCGGCCCGAGGCCUUCGUGGACGGAAACCUCCUGGUGGUCCACCCCACCUUCGUGGAUCCGGGUUUGUGGGAGGAGAUACAAAAGCACGUGGUGGAGGCUAAGCCCCAGGCCGGGUAA